AGACCAGCGUGUUAGCUAGCCUCAGGUAGGAUCUACGUCGUAUCGCCAUCCCUAAAAGCAAGGCGGAAACCCACACAGUUUAAGUCUACAACGUUAUUGUACAAGUCAUCAACUACAUACAGUCUAACUACAGUCUAACUACGGUCUACAAUCCACUGUGUAGACGACACCGCUGAACUCUGGUGACUGGUGACUUGGCUGCUUGGCUUCUAACCCGGGAACCAAUCCGCAAGCAGCACCCUUUUCGGCUUUACCCCUGGGCUUCUAGAUUACGCCUUGACUUCUUCCAAUUAAAUCUCUCCCCACGCUAUCGUCUUCCCCCAAUUUUUCUACUUGCUUCUACGCCUAUUUAGUCUAGGUCUCUCUCGCUGUCGGAUUACGUCCUAGACACGUUCCCCCUCUUCCCGUUCUCUUUCCAGAACAAUUACGACCUUGGCGUCGAAUCUGCCAAAGCCGCAUACAUCGAUGAAGGAAAGCUCAACUGACAAGGCCUCUAAUAUAGAUCGCAUACGCUCUUGGGCACGAGGUCACGCGUAUGGAGGCUCUACACGUCCCACCGCGUCCAACUCUAACCCCAUCCUUCCCAUAAAUAAUACACACACUCAACAAGAUCCGGAGAAGAUCCGCCAUGUUAGCGGUGCCGGUUCCGACGGCCAUCAGGCCCUUUCUAAUGGCUCCGCGAAAUCUCAGGACCCCCCCAACUCCGGAACGGAUACCCAGCAUGCCGAUAGGUCGGCUCCGUCAACAUCUCAAGUGGAGGGGGCGGGGUCUGUCGUAGACGAAAACGGUACCAAGAAGAAGAAACAAAAUGUCGUCGUCGAAACAUAUCACGAAUUAAAGAAGGUGGUCCUCCACAGCUGGAUCAACCUAUUCUUGGUCUUCGUACCCGUCGGGAUUGCUAUCGCAAACAUUCCCAACAGGAACGCCGGAGCUACUUUCGGUAUCAACGCUGUCGCCAUCAUUCCUCUUGCGGCACUCCUUAGCCAUGCUACCGAGUCUGUUGCCCGCAAGAUGGGCGACACCAUCGGCGCGUUGCUUAACGUAACGUUUGGUAAUGCCGUCGAACUCAUUAUCUUCAUUGCUCUAGUUAAGGGCGAGAUUCGCAUCGUUCAGGCCUCCUUGCUUGGAUCGAUCCUUGCAAACUUGCUCCUGAUUCUAGGCAUGGCCUUCUUCCUUGGUGGUCUCCGAUACCGUGAACAGAUCUACAACAGCACAGUGACUCAGAUGAGUGCCUGUUUGCUAAGUUUGAGUGUGAUCAGUCUCAUGUUACCGACCGCAUUUCAUGCUUCCUUCCGAGACAAAACAGAGGCUGAUAACGAGUCUCUGAAGAUCAGCCAUGGUGUUAGUGUGAUUCUUCUUCUGGUAUAUGUCGUGUACCUUUUGUUCCAACUGAAGUCUCAUGCGUACAUGUACGAAUCGACUCCUCAACACAUCAUCGAUGAGGAAUCAACACCUGGCCCGGCUGCCGCAUGGCUCGAGUCCUCUGAUUCUGACUCGAGCUCUUCGUCGGACUCGGACUCGGAUCACUCUGGCCAUUCGAGGGAAACCAUGUCUAAACGUGUUAAACGAGCCAUCCGUGGACAUCGCCGUAGAAAGUCUAGUACGGCAUCGGUAGACUCUGACGAUGGAGUUCGAACUCGCACUUCGUCCCUCGGAACCAAUAGCGCCAGUCCUAUCCAUGAAGGGGGUUCUAAAUCUGGAGACUCUUUGCAAGGUCCCCUCUCUUUCCCUCGAAUGAACUCCACCGGUACUGAAGAGGCUAUCGAAGAGGAAGAUGAAAACAAGUCCCGCCGUAAACAUAAGCGCUCCAAACGUAAGCACCGCAAGCGAGAUAGGAAGGCGUCAACUGGUGUCGAAGGAACUAUUCAACCUCAGAACAUCGUUGGUGUUGGACCGGAUGCCGUGCAGCAUCGUGUCGCGAGUAACGGAGAGCCCCGCCGUGUAGACUUUGCCGACACAAUCCCCAAUGUCGAAGGUGAACUCGAUGUUACUCCUACAGGACCUAGACGUCCCUUCAAUAACCUACGUGUUCUUUCAUUCCGACCCGUGGCUAAGAGCCUGGCACCGCCUGUUUUCACUUCGGACGUUGGAGCUGCACCUGCGGCAUUGGUUGGACCCGUGCCGCGCGUGAGAUACGGCAUCCGCAGGACCAACUCUCUUCCUGAAAGACUUAACCAAUAUCAAUACCGACCACCCGGAGCCAUGAUGCCUUCUCAGAUUCCUAUUUCCGUCCUAACCGGCGGUACUGGCGAAGAAGGCAAGGAGCACGGAGACGACCUUUCACGUGGUGCGGCUAUUAUCAUGCUGCUGCUAUCGACGGCUCUCGUGGCCGUAUGUGCCGAAUUUAUGGUGGAUGCUAUUGAUGAUGUGGUCGCGAACAGCGCUCUCAAGGAGACUUUCAUCGGUUUGAUCAUCCUGCCUAUUGUCGGCAACGCAGCGGAGCACGUGACGGCCGUCACGGUGGCUAUGAAGAACAAGAUGGAUCUGGCUAUCGGUGUAGCUAUUGGCUCCUCGAUUCAGAUUUCCCUGUUCUUGACGCCUCUGGUGGUUAUCAUCGGCUGGAUCAUCGGACAACCCAUGACGCUUUACUUUACCCUUUUCGAGACCGUUUGUCUGUUCGUAUCGGCCUUCAUCAUCAACUUCUUGAUCCUGGACGGCCGAAGUAACUAUCUCGAGGGUGCGUUGCUUUGCGCUACGUACGUAAUCAUCGCGGUUGUGGCGUUCUUCUACCCUGAGGGCGACGCCGCCGGUACCCUAGGUGCUUAAGGUGCUUAAAGGGGCAUCUGGCCUUAAAGUGCAUAUUUAAACCUCUUAUUUGACAACGACGCAAUGUUUAACUCGAGCAUGUGAUAUAACGUUCAGUCAGUCUAUUAUUGCUUUGAUAUUAAACUUGCACGAAGCGGGUUUAUGAAGACUUAUUUAACGAUUUGACGCUACACGGUCAAGGGGGAGAGGAGAGUACGGAGAUGAAAUGAAAUGUUCUACUUCUUUAAAGGGAUGCUAUCUACUUUUCGGAGUUUAGCCCCUUGCGAUUUGAUUAAAUUGCCUUGAUUUUUUAUGAGAUAUAUUUCUUUUUCUUUUCAGACAAAGCCGAGCCAGCCAAC